AUGUCGGAAGAAGAGGCUGCCGCUGGUCUCCGCUGGAACAAUAAUGUGUCUGUAGCGGCCAUUGCCCUGAUAUCUUAUGAGUACCUUCUUCUGUUAGACAAGGAGGUUGAAUAUGUUUGGAAAAGACCGUGGUCGUUCAUGUCAUGCCUGUACCUUGUCGUUCGAUAUUUUGGGUUUUUCCUUGCAAUGGUGUGCGCCUGCUGGGGAGUUGCCCGCUUAUCUAGUUGUUAUGAUCUUAUCGUUCUGAUUGAAUGGGGGUUUUCAGUGUAUUUUUGCUUUGCCGAAGUCAUUCUCAUCUGGCGUCUUUAUGCCAUAUGCAACCAAUCCAAGCUCGUACUUCAUGUUCUAGUGGGAUUGUUUGUGCCUAUCGUGGCCCUCUCAAUAGGGACAGAUAUCUAUCUGUAUAGUCGACGCAGCGUGUUCUCUGUGAAAGAGAUAAUAACUCCGAACGCCAAGUACUGCACCCUUUUCUUCAAAAUAGGGCCUAUGCUUGCGAUCUAUACUUCCAUCCCCAUCAUGUGUUAUGAUAUCUUACUUGUCAUUCUCGCGGCUUUCACUCUCGUGAAACAUGUUGUAGAACAGAGGAGGAUCGAAAUGAAGCCUAAUACCUACAUGGUAAUGAUUGUCCGUUAUCAUAUCAUGUACUUCGCCUUGAAUCUGACAAACCAAAUCUUAUUGGUAAUACUAUGGGCGGACAUCCCGAUGCCAGCGAUGAGUCUAGCAGAGCUCUUCAACGGUACUGCGCCCUUUAUUCUCGCGCCCCGUCUCAUCAUCAGCAUUUGGGAUACGCAUGCCAACGAACAAUGCGUACACGUCAGCACGACGUUCGCCGAUUGUGUAUGUUGGACUUCGCCACCCAUCUUCGAGCAGCACGAGAUGAAUCCUUGUGUUGGGCAUCCUGAAUCUACGUUCAGCCUGGAGAAAGAAGUGGUCGAGGUGGAGACUCCAUAG